AUGGGCAAGGCGGGGCGGUGGCUCAGGAACUUGUUCCUGCCCGGCAGGAAGGGGAGGAAGGCCAUGGACAGGGCUGCUGCUGACGCCGACUGCCAGUCGGUGCUGUCGGCGCCGCUGCCCUCGCACUCGCAGGCCGCGACAGCGGCACCGUCCGGGAGGGAGAAGAGGCGGUGGAGCUUCCGCCGCCCGGGCGCGGGCGCGUCCGGCGGCGCACAGGGACAGGGCCCGCUCGCGUCCUCGUCGUCGCACUGCUUCUCGGAGGCCGAGGUGCAUGUCGUCGUCGUGGCGCAGGAGCAGGAGCAGGAGCAGCAGGUCGCAGUCUCCGCCGUCGUCGUCCCUGAGGCUGCGUCGUCGUCCACCGCGGGCACGGUCGUCGUCCCGCUUCCGGCGUCGGGGAGGAGGAGCGGCGCCGGCGCCGGCGGUCGUGACGCGGAGGCCGCUGCAGCGGUCAGGAUCCACGCCGCCUUCCGAUCGUACCUGGCGAGGAAGGCGCUGUGCGCGCUGCGGGGGAUGGUGAGGCUGCAGGCGAUGGUGAGGGGCCAGCUGGUGCGGCGCCAGGCCAACCUGACGCUGCGCCGCAUGCAGGCUCUCGUCCACGCCCAGCGCCGCGCGCACGCCGAGCGGCUGCGGCUCCUCGAGGUCGAGGACGGCGCCUCCUCCAGGCAGCAGGCCGCGGCCAGCACCACCACGACGCGGCCGCCGACGAGCCGGCGCUCGCCGCAGCACCCGCGGUCCCGGAAGCCACUGGAGGCGGCGGAGAGGGGUUCGGAGGAGAACGACGUCAGGAUCGUGGAGGUGGACGACGGCGCGCCGAGGGCGGGCGCGCGGCGGAACAGCUGCUGCCACUACUCGACGUCGACGACGACGCCGAGCCGCACGCCGGCGAAGGCCGAGCUGCUGUGCCAGAAGGUCUCGCCGACUCCGACGGACGCGAGCGCGCGGACGCUCAGCGGCCGGUUCGACGUCGACGACGCGUCCUUCGCCUCCGCGUCGGAGCCGACGCCGGUGCCGAGCGCGCUGAGGCAGCGCCUCUCGUCGGCGUCCGAGACGACGGCGCUGGCGGCCGCGGCCUCGCCGUCGCCGUCGUGCUGGGAGCGCCCGCCGAGCCGGGGCGCGGGUGCGGGCGGGGGCGGGGGCGGGGGAGGGGGCAGCGCGCGGCGCAGGGCGUCGCUCGACCCGCUGGACCUGCCCGGCGGUGGCGCACCGUCCCGGCGCAUGGAGCGGUGCGCGUCGCGGGCGCGCGCGAGCACGAUGUCGUCGGUCCCCGGCAGCGAGUGCGGGUCCUCGAGCACCAUCGGGCAUCGUGGCAGCGCGCGCACGGGCCAUGGCCAUGGCAUGGGUGACUACUGA